ACAAGAAGAAGAGGUCCAUUCCUCCUUCAAGUAGAGACAUGCAACAGUCUAUACGUAACGAUUUAAGCCACAAAUAAUGACGGAGUCUAAGAACUUUUCAGAGGUGAUUUCUCAGAUAUUACAAGAGGUGCCAACUGCCAGGAAGAAUCUCAGUGAGAACCAAAGCAACCUGCUGAAAGUUGCAGAUUACUGCGAAAACAACUACCCGCAGGCAGAUGACCCAAGCAAGGCUGUGGAGGAGGCCAAGGCUUUGGCCACUCAGGCGUUGGCCAGUGUGACCUACCAAAUCAACAGUGUGGCCACUUUACUGCUCAGACUGCUGGACUCCCAGGCCACGCGUCUCAGCCACAUGGAGUCCUCAGUCAACCUGCUGUCACUGGCUGCAGCCAUCCACUACGAGAAGGUGGCCAGAAGAGAGAUCAGCACUUUCACCACUUCCAAAAACAAGACCCGCUGCAAACUUGUGACGCCCCCUCCUUUAGGCAGGGAGCCAGAGAGAAGCUACUCCAGAGUACCCAUAUCAUACUCCAGCUUGGACUCUACUGGACACUGUUUCCAGGUCUCCAGGGAGCCCCCAACAAAGAGAGAGCCAGGGACCACUACGGACAACACACAGAGCAUUGCAGAUGUACCCACAUUCAAUCAAGGCAUUGCUGUACCACUACCAUCAGUUCCCGAUUUACCUGCUGAUUCCAACGUCAGCGAUAACCUUCCUCCUCCUCCUCUUCAAGCCACAAUAGACCCCAGUAUGUCUUCUCCUCCUCCUCCACCACCACCUCCCACUUCCUGUGUGGACACCAGCCUGCCUCCUCCACCUUCUUUGACCUCAUCAACAUGUCUGCACCCAGCUCCUCCUCCACCACCAGACAACCUCUAUUCAUCUCCUAUUGUAGCAGAUGCCACUCUCCUGCCUCCUCCUCCUGCAGCAGGAGCUGACCACCUUCCUCCUCCUCCCCCUCCUCCUCCUGUAGCUGGAGCUGACCACCUUCCUCCUCCUCCUCCUCCUCCUCCAGUAGCAGGAGCUGACCAUCUUCCUCCUCCCCCUGCUCCUCCUCCUGUUGCGGGAGCUGACCAUCUUCCUCCUCCUCCCCCUCCUCCUCCUGUUGCGGGAGCUGACCAUCUUCCUCCUCCUCCCCCUCCUCCUCCUGUUGCGGGAGCUGACCAUCUUCCUCCUCCUCCCCCUCCUCCUCCUGUAGCGGGAGCUGACCAUCUUCCUCCUCCUCCCCCUCCUCCACCUGUAGCAGGAGCUGACCAUCUCCCUCCUCCUCCACCCGCUGGUGCCUCCAACAUUGUGCCACCACCACCUCCUCCUCCACAUUAGCAAGCACAUUUUGUUAUAAAACCACCUCAAAUGCAACAAUACUUUCUAUACUAUAUGUUAUAUACUGUAGUACAGGGGUAGGGAACCUAUGGCUCGGGAGCCAGAUGUGGCUCUUUAGAUGACUGCAUCUGGCUCUCAGACAUUUCUUAACACCAUAAAAUGUGUUUUAUUUCAAUUUGUUUUCCUGACAUUUUAAAGUAAAACAUGACAGAAAUCAGUGUUAAAAAUAACAUUUAAAAUAUGCAUUCUAAUGCAUUUUAAUCCAUUUGAUUUUGUAGCGCAAUGCCAGCUGUCCUUCCCAUUUUCCAGUGUCAGACACCAAAACUUGAUUAUUGGGGUCGUCCCGCCUUUAAUCCUUCAGCUAGCUAAUUGUGCAGAGACAACCCUUUUGACGAAAAAUGGAAAGAAAGAUACGGAGUAGCGCGCAAAACCAUGCAGCAGCAGAAGUUGCAUUAAUGGUAAAAAGUAAUGUAUUUAUUAUUGGUUAGCUUCAAUAUAACAUUUUUAUAAAAAGAAUAAAUUCAGAGACUUAUUAAAUUCUAAAAUUGUUGGUCUUCCUUAAAUAUACACACAUUUGGUUGUAUUCGGUGUUGAAACAUGAUAUGGCUCUCACGGAAAUACAUUUUUAAAUAUGUGGCUUUCAUGGCUCUCUUUGCCAAAAAGGUUCCCGACCCCUGCUGUAGUAGUAUAUAGAACAUACUGUAUAAUAAGCUUCAAUGUCACGUAAUGUCUGUGUACUGUACUGUACAUUUCUUGAAUAUUAUGACCAAUGCAAGUGGGAAAUAUAAACGUGAUCGCGUGUGUUCGUCUGGAGCAUCGCACCACCAGCAUGUUUCAACACCACCCUCAAUACAUUCCUAAGAAACAAGCUCAAACAAGG